UGCUGGGAUUCUGAUCCAAGUAAAAGACCAACAGCUGAUGAUAUAUAUAAGAGAGUUGAAAAUAUGCAAUUGGAAGAAAGUCGAAAUCACAAUAAAAAAAAUCCAACUGAAAUUAUAAAAUCAUCAGAUAUUGGACCUGUGCCAAAAAAUAAUCCAGAUGCCAUUUAUAAGAGCAGACCUUUAAGUGCCAUGAUUAAUUCUGCAAUGUCUUUAAAGAGUUCAAGAAGUCAAUCUAUUAAUUUAGAAAAAUUAAAAAGAAGAUUUGAGGGAUGAUUUAACUGAAGAUAAUAAUGAUGGUAUGAUAAUUAUUGUAAAUUACAAAUAAAUGUAAUUGAUAAAACUUUAGUAAAUAAUUGUUUACUAAUUAUUUAGGUCGAAGUAUUAAAAGAAAAAAAUUAUAUGAAAAUGAGGAUUACCUUACAGAAGAAAUCAACUUAGACAUUGAUGUAAAUUUUAAUAAUAAUGGUAUGUAAACAUAUUUUUAAAUAUACUGUAAAUGAAAAUCCUUAGUCAAUAUUACAAACCUAAUUUCUUUAAUUUAAAUGUAGAAUAUAUUACCAAUGAAAUUGAUUUCGAUAUUGAUAUCAUACUUUAAAUUAUCAAAAUUUAUAAAGUAAUUUUUCUUUUUAAAUAUGAUUUUUGACACUAUUAAUAAUUGG